AGUUACGGUUUGACGCUUUAACGAUCACCACAGUCGUCGCCAUACGGUGUUAUCGGCAGCUUAUUGUUGCUGCCCUCAGUGCUAGUGAUCGCGUAAGAAAGUGAAAAAAAAAGAAAAAUAAAGAUACGGAAAAGCGUGGUAUUCUUACGUACAAAAGAAAAGGCGUACGGAAUAAAAAAAAAGUCUCAAUCUAUGGGCAAAUUCAGCUGGUAAAGAAGUAGAAAAACUCUGUGGGCAUCAACGCAAUUGUGUGCAAUCAGCCAAAACAAGCCAAAGUCAGCCACCCUGCCCAGCCAAUCAGCAGUGUAAACAAAUGCCAAAGAAGCAGAAUUUAUUCUUUGGCAAAUAAAAGAAAAAAUUAAUGAUUGGAAUAAUUGUAAAUACAAAGAUUUAGAAACUCAAUUGAAUGUUGUGAUUUUAUGCCGAAUGUUUCGCCCCACAACGUGAGUGUGAAUAAAAGACCUCAGCAACAGACAGUCUUCCCUUAAUCCACCCUACGCCCAGCACCAUGAAUAAGCUAAAAUCCAUGCUACCAGCCAGCCUUAAUAGCUCCUCAUCUUCAACGGCGGCCUCCAGGGGUCAAUCCGAAAGUUUGGAACCCGAAAUUGGAUUUCAACUCACGAUAGAGGCUAGUAGCCCACAUGGCAACGAUAAUCCACAUGCAAAUACAGUCAUACCCGAGCUAAAUGUACAUUUGUUAGCAGCGCGCCAUCUGCCGUCAUUAUUUGGUUUCAAAAUAGUACAGGGUUACCUUAUAAAAGUUAAGCUUUUCCCUGGCUCCAAAAGACUGGACAGCACAAUUCAAACAAAUACUUGGCCGAAAUUUAAUGAAACUUUUAAAUUCCCUUUGGCACCGGAAAUUAAACCUUCACUGAAACAUUCAUCACGUCGUGGCAGCAAAGCGGCUGUGGCAGACUUUACGCCUGAGGAACUCUUGGCUGGACAAUUUGUGGUUUUCACAGUUUAUGCACUGCUCGAGUUACCACCAACGUCAUUCAAUCGUUUUAGUAAAACCUAUCGUUCACUCAAAGAUAAGAGCAGCAAUUUAAUGCAAAAUAUAUUCGAGGAAAAAUCUGAAAAGUCCACAAAUGAUGACAAAGAGAAUACGAAGAAUAAAAGAAAAUCCCAUGAAAAUCCCAGAGAUGCCAUGCCCCCGCUGACCAUAAGUGAAUCGAGAAGAAAUUUAGGUGCUGUCACCUGUUAUCUGCAACCAAAGCUUUUCAAACGCAAUGCCCGCGGUGUCUUUGCCAGCGAGGAAUUGUGGAUGCCCAUUAAGGACAUAAAUACCACGGUGAAGAAGGGUCCCAAUGAUAAUAACAACAAUUUGACAAAUUCUGCAAAAGGUGUGGUGGAGAUUGUGCUAGAGGUCAAAGAUGUCAGCGAAGCCAUAGAUCCCACCAACACUGAAAGUACAGCUUCGGCCAAUGGCAAUGGCAAUUCCAGCGUUGACUCCAACGGCAGCACCACAAGCGUAUCCACAGUGACAUCAAACAAAGAGGCCAAAUCUUGGAAUCACCGCAUGACCUCCGAGAUGAAACGGAAAAUGGGCAUUAGCAAUGUCAACACCAAGAGGCCUCACAGCUUGGUUCUCAAAGUGACCACUGCGCGUAUGCGCUGCUCCAAUAAGGUCAAGGAUGAGCUGGAGGCUACCGCGGGUAGUGUGUAUGUCAAGACUACCAUCUUCGAUAAUGGCAUCUAUGUGGACUCAUGGAAGUCACCGAAUUUCUAUCCCUCCUUGGCAACCAAAUGGGAUACUGGCAAGGAGGUGGCCACACUUAGCAUACCAUUACAAAGUCUGGAGCAUUUAGACAGAAUAAUGAUAAGGACAACGUUGGCCACCAAAACCAAGAUGGCUAAGAAAUUAGUAUUAGGCACAGUCAUAGUGGGUGGCCUAACUGCAGGACCUGGUAUCUGCUCGAGUGGGGCAGAGCAAAUGGCCUCAUUGAAGGAGUCACCCCUCAAUGAAAAGAUUCCCCUGUGGCAUUGCUACAAAUAGUCCAAGGCUAGGUCACUUUCUUUAUUUUAAGUUCUCCGCAAUUCUUUCUUUUUAUAACCCAGAGAAUUUCUUCAGUCAGAGGAAAAAAUAGUAUUUUCUUUAAUUUAAAUUCGCUAGACAAAAUUUAAGAACAUAUAAAACAUUCAAAUGCAUUAUUUAUUUUUAUAUAAAUAUCAAAAAUAUUGUUAAAUGUUUAAGAAGAACAUUAUAUAGGAUAAAAAUCCAUGUAGAAGGAAUUCUAAUUUAU